GGUAUAGAUGUUGUACAGAUGUGUGAGUGUCUUUAGCUGUGCUCUAGUAUUUGUCUUUGCUGUGACCUUGGGGUGAGCUGAUGUUUCUCUCUAUUACAGGAGGUUGGAUAUGACGGUGACACACCAUGCAGUGCUCACCCAUGUGCUGGUGGCGCUAUUCGGCAUGGGCUCCUGGGUAUCUGUUAACUCACUGUGGGUAGAGUUGCCUGUUGUAGUGAAAGAGCUUCCAGAAGGGUGGAAUCUUCCUGCUUUUCUCACAGUUCUUAUUGCACUGGGUAACAUUGGUCCUCUAGCGGUCACCGUAAGCCACAGACUGUGUCCCCCAGGACGUCUAUCAGAGCCUUGGCUUAUCCGUUCUAUCCAUGUUCUGAGCCUGGUGUCAUCCGGCUUCUUGGCUGUGUUCUGGGACCGGAGGUUACCUGUGGCAGGAGAAGACCACAGUGUGGCGUACUUGAUACUGGCAUAUUUCUUAGCUUUAGGCUGCUGUACAUCUAAUGUCACUUUCCUGCCCUUCAUGUUCCGCUUCCCCCAGCAGUAUGUGCGCAGCUUCUUCAUUGGACAAGGUCUCAGCGCGCUGUUCCCCUGUGUUCUGGCCUUGGCACAGGGGGUGGGCAGGCUGGAGUGCAGGAACAACACCUGGGGGAAUGCCAGCGAGCCUCACUACUUUCCUGAGAACUUCUCAGCUUCUUCAUACUUCUGGGGACUGUUCACCCUACUCGCCAUAUCUGCUCUCUCCUUUACCCUUUUGAUCAUCUGGAAACAGCGCACAGAAGAAGGUCCCCAGCAGGAGCCUCAGGAGCCUGCGUCACCACAGGAUGGGGAAGGCUCUGAUGAUUCGUACCCCCUGAAGAGCCCUAAAGAGGAGAAGGCUCAGGAUGCCCAGAACGGAGAGGCCACUGGGCAGAGCUUCUGGACUCCUCGGAACGUGUAUCUGCUGGUGCUGCUCGGAAUGUCCAAUGCUUUAACUAAUGGUGUCCUGCCCUCUGUGCAGACAUACAGCUGCCUUCCCUAUGGCCCCACAGCGUACCACCUGUCUGUUGUCCUCAGUAACAUCGCCAACCCUGCUGCCUGUUUCAUUGCUAUGUGCGUGCUCUGCAGAGAGUCUGGAGAGUAUUGUGUAAAAUCUGCUAACAUACUACACAGUGAUUGCUUAUUCAGGCCUCAUUUAUAUAUCUACCUAACUGUUCUCAGCAGAAGAGAUGAAGUUAACUUACUUUUUAAGGGAUGUGUUCCUGGACUGCAAACAAUAUCUCUUGCAACCCAUUCCUGUCGUGGCCCUCAGUUCCAUACUAAUGAGGUGGCCUCUAGAAGUGACAUCUCUCCUUCCCGUCUCUCUGUGCCAGUUACCUGUAGGACAGGGCCAACAGGGCAGUCACAUCCUCAAGUGACCGU